CUCCCAUUGGCUGCUGCUGAUAGCAGGGACAGAAGGUAACACAGGCAUUACACCCCCUGAAUGCAGAAGGGAAGAGAGUGACAGGGACCGGGGACUCUCCAUCUGACUGCUGCACUGUGUGAGGACAAGUGACACCAUGCCCAAGAGGAAGCCCGGACCCAUCCAGCUGAACCCCACCCCUGAUGGGAACACAGUCAACGGGACCCCAUCUGCAGAAACAAAUCUCGAGGCCCUUCAGAAGAAGUUAGAGGAGCUUGAACUGGAUGAACAGCAAAGAAAGCGUCUUGAAGCUUUCCUUACUCAAAAGCAGAAAGUCGGAGAACUGAAGGAUGAUGACUUUGAAAAGGUUUCCGAGCUUGGUGCUGGAAAUGGUGGUGUGGUCUUCAAAGUUUCACACAAGCCAUCUAGUCUUAUCAUGGCUAGAAAGUUGAUUCACUUGGAGAUAAAACCAGCAAUCCGAAACCAGAUUAUACGAGAGCUCCAAGUUCUGCACGAGUGCAACUCCCCAUACAUUGUGGGCUUCUAUGGGGCAUUCUACAGUGAUGGAGAAAUCAGCAUCUGCAUGGAGCAUAUGGAUGGUGGGUCACUUGAUCAAGUGCUGAAGAAAGCUGGAAAGAUUCCAGAGAAAAUCUUGGGAAAAGUCAGCAUUGCGGUGAUAAAAGGCCUGACUUACCUGAGAGAGAAGCAUAAAAUCAUGCAUAGGGACGUGAAACCAUCUAAUAUUCUCGUGAACUCCAGAGGAGAAAUUAAACUGUGCGACUUUGGAGUCAGCGGACAGCUCAUUGACUCUAUGGCGAAUUCUUUUGUGGGGACAAGAUCGUACAUGUCUCCGGAGCGUCUACAGGGCACACACUAUUCUGUGCAGUCUGACAUCUGGAGCAUGGGUCUAUCACUGGUGGAAAUGGCGAUUGGUCGGUAUCCAAUUCCGCCUCCUGAUGGUAAGGAGUUGGAACUGAUUUUUGGCUGUUCCGUGGAAGGAGACACUGGGCCAUCUGAUCUCUCUCCUCGUCCCAGACCACCAGGACGUCCCACUAGCUCCUUUGGUCCAGACAGUCGACCUCCCAUGGCUAUUUUUGAGUUACUGGAUUAUAUAGUGAAUGAGCCACCUCCCAAACUGCCCAGUGGAGUAUUUGGUGCUGAAUUCCAGGACUUUGUGAAUAAAUGCUUGGUGAAGAAUCCGGCAGAAAGAGCCGACCUCAAGCAGCUUAUGGUUCACAGCUUCAUUAAGACAUCAGAACAAGAAGAGGUGGACUUUGCUGGAUGGCUGUGUUCUACUAUGGGCCUCAAACAGCCCAGCACCCCCACUCACGCAGCAGGUGUGUGAGGAGAGGACAAGAAGCUGGUCCAGGCAGAGAGCUACCGCCAACAUAUCCCGCCUCUGCCAUACUGCAGGGAUCUCUGCAGAACGUGCCAAAAAUAAACGGUUAAUAUUCACUCUCUACACCCCUUCCUUCAGAGAAGGGUUUGGGUCAACAAUAGCUGUAUCCCAGUGUCUCCCGUGGGCUUCACCUGCAGUAAGAUCCUUGCUUUUAUCCCAUGAUGCUUUGUGGUACACAUGAUGCUUUCAGUCCAUAACAGGAGGAUUCCUCCAGUCUUUGAUAAGGAGGGGGGUAAUCUGCCCAUUUCAAUUUCCUAACAUAGGGUUCAAUGGCUCAGUCACAUGUGGGACCAACGUCAGCUGAGGGAUGUAAUCAUUUAUUUUAUUGUCGUCUUUCUCUAAGUCAUUGAGCUAAAGCAGCUUGAACGGAUAAAGAUAAACGUCUAUUUUGUACCAGUUAUCUAGAUAUAUUUCUCUAAAAUAAUAAAUAUUUUUCUUCCUAUUACUGUCUGUGACAGCUGAAAUUGGUCCCUCAUGAGACUAAGAAUACAGCCCACACUGCCAGCCAGUACCCUGAGCUGUCUGGAGAUCUGAGCCAUGCGGGUAGCUGUCCGCAAGAAAACCAGCUUCUAAAGCCAUAACCCAGAGCCUGCCACCUUCUAGCAAUCUGCCUUCUUUUUUGGGAAAAACUCUUCUCUGCCGGAGCGGUAAACUGGCUACUGCACUAAAUCUCUUGGUACAGACUACUCCAUUUUAAUAGAAUCAGUGCUAAUACGUUACAUUUCAGAUUUUCUUAUUGACCACAGGAAUCAAUAGCAGUGAUGUCCAUUUUAUUACAGGCACAUAAAGCUUACAGUCGAGCAAUGGCAAGUCUUUAGCAUUAAGUGAUAGUACCCCUGCAUGUUGCUCCGGUAGAGGAGGGGGAUGUGUAUCCAGCAGUCGUCUUGCUGCCUCCUGCCUGUGCCUCUUUACCUGCCCUGACUUUUCAUAUUUAUUUUCUAUUUGAAUGUGAUGUGAUGUGAUCGCUCAGAAUCUUUUUGCUGUGUCAGGCUUCUAAUCCUCAUUGUGAUCCUGUACCGGGUGUACGUAAGCCGCUUCUUACGGCGGGCACUCUGAGGGGAUGAAAGGGAGGCCCAUGCCAGCCUGCCAAUGGUUCAACGAGAAGCCUUCAGUCCUUAUAACCUGUACCUCUUGAAUACUCAGAUGUAUUAUCUUUGACUACAAUAAACCUAUGAUAAAGA